AUGCUUUCGUCAACCUGGCUGGAAAGACACCAAGAUCCUCGCUACCGCCGCACACUUUUUCGCGAUCUCUCUCGAGUACUGUUGAGUAUGGCGCGUAUACCUCUUCCAUCGAUUGGCUCUUUCAUUAUCGACAAUGACGGGUAUCUUCAAUUGACAAACCGUCCCCUUUCACUUGAAAUUCAAGACCUAGAAAAUGAUCACAUCCCGACGAAUAUGCUACGACACCACACGUAUGCGGCCGCUGAUUCAUACAUCGUGGACCUUCUGGGACUCCACAAUAGUCGACUCAGAAAUCAGGCCAAUGCAAUAAACGAUAUGAGUGACUACAUUUAUCAAGCAUCGGCUUUGACUGCGAUGCAAGCCACAUUCCCAUCGUUCUUCACGAAAGAACUCUGCCGCGGCCCUUUCGCUUUCACUUUCACCGAUCUUCAUCAGAGCAAUAUCUUUGUUGAUGACAAUUGGCAUAUCACUUCGUUGGUUGACCUUGAGUGGGCUUGUUCUCGUCCAAUCGAAAUGAUUCGCACGCCUACCUGGCUUACAAACAAAGCUGUCGAUGAGAUUGCUGACGACGCAGUCGAGUAUGAUACAGUCAGGUCCGAGUUUCUUGAAAUCAUGAAAAAGGAAGAAAAGUUGUGGGACAUGACUUCCGACAAAGCAAAUCUUCCCGAGAUAAUGGACCGGAGCUGGCGAUCUGGAGCUUUCUGGUUCUCUCUUGCACUUGCGAGCCCAACCGGUCUUUUUUCGGUUUUCUACAAGCAAAUUCAGCCACGCUUCAUUCAAUAUUGUUCAGAUCAUCAAGAUGCCUUCCAAGAGACAAUGCCAUGGUACUGGUCUCAGGAUUUCGUGAUGGUCGGGGCGGCGAAGCAGCGCGAUAGAAUUGAGUACGAUACUCGCUUGAGGGCGGCCUUUGAAGUUCUCAACGAGGCAGAUUGA